AUGGAGUUCGAUAGCGACGAAGAUUUUUUUGAAGGUGCGGGUGAUCCAAAAACCGAAGCUCUGAGAAAGUUUAUUGAGCUAUACGAAUCUUUGCCAGUUUUGUGGAACUGUAAGCACGAUAGUUACAAAAAUAAAGCAGCUAAAAAUGCCGCACUGGAUAAGCUUGUACGUGUUUACCAAAGCGUCAAAACUGGAGCUACUCGAGCGGAUGUGACAAAGAAAAUAAAUUCUCUACGCACAAAUUUCCGGAAAGAGUUAAAGCGGGUGGUAUCUUCGAAGCGAUCGGGAGCUGGAGCUGACGAAAUUUAUCAACCAUCGUCUUGGUUGUUCGAGGCUCUGCAAUUUCUCAGGAAUACCGAACAACCGGCUUCACACAUUACAGAGUCAGGAAAAGUAGCCGACGUUGUUUUGAGAACCUCGAAGGUAUCCAACUCAUCUCCACCAGCAUCGCAUUCACGAUCUUCCAUCAUAACCGCUUCUACACCAAGAAAAAAGCAGCGCAUUGUUGGGCCUGUUCAAAAACAGAACGAAUUGUUGACUAUUGCAUGCAAAUAUUUACAACAAGAUGCGUCACCGUCCACGGAAAUGCCGGCCAUAGCGAAGGCAUGGGGUGAAAAGCUAAUCUCGCUUGAAAGUAGGCAACGAAUAUUUGCUGAGAAAGCCAUCAAUGAUGUGUUAUACGAGGCGACUCUGGGGAAUUUGACCAGUAACUGCGUUCAAAUAAACGUUGGAGAUCACCUUGAUCGUUCCCUAAACAACCCCAGAAGAUGCACUUCACGGGCGAGUACCCCAAAUGUUGUUGAGACCCGGAACCCGAAGCGAAAGACUGAUAACAAUAAUGAUAUGCCAGGAACUAAUGCAACAAUAUCGGAAGAAUUGUACAAUUCAGAGCCAGUUCACAACGAGAGAAAUUCUGCUAGCGAUUUGAGAUGGUCGGACGACGAAUGCUAUGAUCCUUUACUACCUGUAUAUUACGAAUAUGAAACGAGUUCAUCAGAGGUAGUGACAGAAACGUCAGCUGGUGUCAAGCACAGAACUGAUACAGUAUCGUCGAUCGAAGUGAACAACACGUCACCGUAUGAAGAUGGCAUCACUUCGUACUCAGAAUCCUCUGUCGCUUCCACGUUCGGGUCAGUUACUGUGAACAAGUUGUCGCAUCGUAAAUCCGGAACUUCUCAGUCCCCAUCAGAAUUGUCAGCCGACUCUAAAUGUAUGUCCGUCAUUUCGAAUAGAAAGCCGCCUCGGGAAACUGAAUCCUCUCCACUUCUGAGACUGUCUGGUUCAAAAUUUCAAUCAAUCACUGUAGCUGGGAAGCAACUUUAUGACGCUGGAUUUACUCCACACCGAGAAUCAUCAGCCAGGUCAUACAACUCAUCACCUUACGAAGGAUCUUCGUUUGGUUCCAGAUUUGAUUCGAUUUCAUCAAAUAGGGAGUCCCAUCAUGCAGCUGGAUUCACUCCGUGCUCAGAAUCGUCGAGCGAUGUGAACAAUAAUUCCCUCUGUGGUUCGUACCCAGGACCGACGGCCGGUUCCAAAUUUGGUUCGACCAUUUGGAAUAGAGAGCCCCAUCGUCAAGCUGGAGUCACUUCUCCCCAGAACUCGUCAGCUGGUGUGAACAAUACACCACCUUAUGAAACUAGAAAUACUCCGUACCCUGAAUCACCAUCCGCUUCCAAGUUCGGGCCAGUAACUAUGAAUAAGAUGUCACAUCACGAACCAGGUGUUUCUUCGUACCCCGAAUCAUCGGUCGGCUCCAAACGUAUAUCUAUCAUUUCGAACAGCAUCCCACCUGAAGUAAUAGAGUCCUCUCAGCCAACUAGGUCGUCGGCCGGUUCACAAAUUCGAUCGAUUACUAUGACUGGGAAGCUACCUUGUCAAGUUGGAUUCACUACGCACGCAGAAUCGUCAGUCAGACCGUACAAUGCAUCACAUUCCGAAGAACCAUCGACUGGUUCCAAAAAUGAUUCAAUUAUUGCGAAUAGGGAGCCUUAUCGUGCAGCUGGAUUCACUCCGCGCUCAGAAUCGUCGGGCGAUGUGAACAAUAAUCCCCCUUGUAGAAAUGAAAUCAUUUCGUACCCAGGAUCGACGGCCGGUUCCAAAUUCGGUUCGACCCUUUGGAAUAGAGAGCCACAUCGUCAAGCUGGAGUCACUUCUCCCCAAAACUCGUCAGCUGGUGUGAACAAUACACCACCUUAUGAAACUAGAAAUACUCCGUACCCUGAAUCACCAUCCGCUUCCAAGUUCGGGCCAGUAACUAUGAAUAGGAUGUCACACCAUGAAUCCGAUGCUUCUUCGUACCCAGAAUCGUCGGUCGGUUCCAAACGUGUGUCCAUCAUUACGAAUAGCAUCCCGUCUGAAGAAAUAGAAUCCUCUCCGCCAACUAGGUCGUUGGCCGGUUCACAAAUUCGAUCGAUUACUAUGACUGGGAAGCCACCUCGUCAAGUUGGAUUAACUACGCACGCGGAAUCGUCAGUCAGACCGUACAAUACAUCACAUUCCGAAGAACCAUCGACUGAUUCCAAAACCGAUUCAAUUUCUUCGAAUAGGGAGCCACAUCAUGCAGCUGGACUCACUCCGCAACCAGAAUCGUUGCGCGGUGUAAACAAUACACCACCCUGCGGAAAUGGUAUAAUUUCGCACCCAGGGCCGUCGGCCGAUUCCAAAUUUGAGUCGAUAAAUGUGAAUAGGAUUUCAUAUCGUGACCCUCGCGAAGGUGAAAUGAUUCCAUACCCAGGAUCCUCAGCUGGUUUCGAAUUUGGGUCGCUUCCUUUUAACAGAAAGCCACCGAAUGACCUAUUUAGUCCGGAUCCGCAAUCAUCCGCCGGUGCUAGCAAUGCAUCGCUAUAUGAAAGCCAAUUCGCUUCUCUCCCAAGAUCGUCGGCCGGUUCUGAGUUUGAUUUGAUCGCUGCAAAUAUGGCGCAAUCUAGCGAAGCGGGAUUCCUUCCAAAUUCUGGAUCGUCGGCUAGUGCAAUACACAUUUCACCUCGCGAAGAUACAUUCAGCUUGAACUUAGGCUCGUCGGCUGGAACCAUGUCGUCGAAUCGUACGGAUUGUGUCAAGCUUGGAACAAUUGUAAAGAACAGCUUAUCAACACCAGUAUCAACGACACCGUAUGAAGUUGUAUCAACAACAGCACCAGUAUCAACGACACAUGAAUUUGGACUUCCACUUAGUCAAAGGUCGUCGAAAGGUGCCAAGGUUCAGACUAAAUCCGAUGAGCCAAUAGCAACGAUUAUUCCUGCAAAAUUAUCACUACGGAAUGUAAGGUUCAGAAAACUCCCAAAAACAUCGACGUCUGUCGCAUAUAUGUCCACUUCAACGAAUUCCGUAUCCAAUCCCAUAUCAAGAUGA